GCCAUAAAAGGACAGGGCACAGAUGAACAGCAGAAAAAGUGGUUACCGUUGGCCUAUAAGAUGCAAAUAAUUGGGUGCUACGCUCAAACUGAACUUGGACAUGGGUCCAAUGUGCAAGGCCUUGAGAGCACUGCCACAUUUGAUCCUCAAACAGAUGAAUUUGUCAUUCAUAGUCCUACAUUGACAUCAAGCAAGUGGUGGCCUGGUGGAUUGGGUAAAGUCUCUACCCAUGCUGUUCUGUAUGCUCGUCUUAUAACAAAUGGUAAUGACUAUGGGAUUAAUGGUUUUAUUGUUCAACUACGAAGCUUGGAGGACCACAAACCUCUUCCAGGUGUUACUGUUGGAGACAUUGGAAUGAAAUUUGGAAACGGGGCAUACAAUACUAUGGAUAGUGGGGUAUUAAGAUUUGAUCAUGUGCCCAUUCCAAGAGAUCAAAUGCUGAUGAGGGUUUCGCAAGUUACAAGGGGAGGAAAAUAUAUCCAAUCUGAUGUUCCCCGACAACUCCUUUAUGGGACCAUGGUAUAUGUUCGUAAAACAAUUGUAGCAGAUGCUUCCAGUGCUUUGUCUCGGGCUGUGUGUAUUGCAACUAGAUACAGUGCUGUUCGUAGACAAUUUAGUUCUCCGAAUGGUGGGACAAUCUCUAUCUCUCAUCUCAAGUUUUUAAAUCAUCAAAGUUCGAAAACAUCGAAAUGGCUUUAA